AUGGUUGAAUUAACCAUCUCUUCUGCGACUGCAAGGUCCUCGUUCCUACGCAGCGACCUGACGGUGGACGUACCAGCCGACGCGACUGUGUUGGAUGUGAAGCGGAAAAUCGCACAGGCUUAUCCCAAGUUCAAAGUCGUCCGCCAAAAGCUCACUUUGAAGGGAGAGAAAAAGGCACUCGAGGAUGAUGCCAAGUUGGAUGCUGUUUUGGGAGGCAAGACCGAGUUGCAGGUGAAGGAUUUGGGUCCUCAGAUUAGCUGGAGGACGGUUUUCUUGAUUGAAUACGCUGGACCUCUGGUCAUCCAUCCUCUCAUUUAUUACUUCCCUAAAGUCUUCUAUGGGCAGGAAGUUGUGCACAGCAAGUUGCAAAAGUAUAUCUUUGCUUUUGUGAUGCUCCAUUUCAUUAAGCGCGAGUUGGAAUCCGUGUUCGUGCACCGUUUCUCCCAUGGAACCAUGCCCUUCCUCUUCGUCUUCCGCAACUCUGCGUAUUAUCACAUUUUCUAUGGUCUCUUCCUCGCAUUGGACAUCUACCGACCUAAAUACGGCGCCGGCUCCCCUGCUAUCGUCGGCACCUACCGCGACAACCAGAAUGUCCUCUAUGCCGCUACUGCAUUCUGGCUUUGGGCUCAACUAUCCAACUUCCACACCCACAUGACCCUGCGCAACUUGCGUCCCCCCGGCACCCGCAAGCGCGGAAUCCCCUACGGAUACGGGUUCAGCCUUGUUUCGUGCCCGAACUAUCUCUUUGAGAUCCUCGCUUGGCUCGUUCCUGUCGUUUUGACUGGUAGCAUUGCUUCCUACCUCUAUAUCACGAUCUGCAUUGGUAUCCUCUCGAUGUGGGCCUUGCAGAGGCACCGGAACUACAAGAAGCAGUUCGGAAAGGAGUAUCCUCGUAAUAGGAAGGCUCUCUUCCCUUUCAUUCUCUAA